AAAGUUUUACGUGAACCAAUCAACGAAUUAAUACUUCUAUCGCAGAGAAAUAUAUUCCCAAGUGGGAAGACUUUCCUCCACCGUAUUUUAAUCUCUUACUCAAGAUUAAAAUUUCAAUGUUGGUCUUUCAUUUUUCACAACUAGGACGUGUAUAUUAGGAAAAGUUCGACAUCGCGCGCAAGCGCGGCAAUCGUUUAUUCGUGUGCCCGUGUGUGUGUCCGUCUUAUAAAUUCCACGCGUGGUUCCCGAUAUUUUUCCAUCAGUCUAAAGUCUAAACUAAUAUUCCGAGUCAUAUAUUUAUCGAGUGACAUAGUUUCGUAUGUGCUCGUUGCUGCAAAUAACCAUUAGCAUAACCGUACAUACAUUAAAUGCCUUACAUAUAUUAAAUCAAUAAUAUUGCGAUAUCAUUCAGCGGCAUCAGCUGCGACGAAUAUUUACGGAUUUAUUGCAGAACGACGAAGAUUAAGAUCCUGAAAAAGCAUGAUGCGUGCUAGAUUUCUCACUUGCGAGAUUAAUAAUUCGCAUUUGUUAUCGAAACAUCGUGCAAAAUCGACCGUGGCCCGUAUAAUGGAACAUAGCGAAACGAAGAAUAUGAACAACGAACUGCAGUACAUGCGGCCGACCAAGGAUAUUCCCGGACCGAAAGCGUUGCCCUUGCUUGGCAAUUGGUUCAGAUUCAUACCAUAUAUAGAGAAUUACUUGACGGAACAUAAUUUUACAUCUGCAUAUUACCUUGUCAUCUAUUCCAAAAAAUAUGCCAAUUGUUUGAGCGCAAUAUCUUUUCUCGCUCCAUUAAUUCGAAUAAAAAAUGGUACAAGUGAAUACGGUAUGGCAUACAAUAUGGCAACGCAAUUUCGGAUGUUGCGUGACCAAUACGGCGAUAUCGUCAAAUUGGACGGUAUACUAGGUCGUCCAACGACUAUCUUAUUAUUUUCUCCGGAACUAUGCGAGAAGAUGUAUCGAGUAGAAGGCAAGUGGCCGAUACGGAUUAGCAUGGAGAGUUUGCAUUACUAUCGCGAAAAUAGAAAAAACAUCUACAACGAUCAAUUGGGCCUCGGAACAAGCCAGGGCAAAGCGUGGCACGACUUUCGCUCGAAAGUCAAUCCGCACAUGAUGCAACUGCAAGCGAUCGUGAAGUACGUCGCGCAAAUCAGCCAAGUGGCCGACGAAUUCGUGGAGAAGAUGCGAACGCUACGGGAUCCUAAAACCUUAGAGUUGCCCGAGGAUUUUAAAAACGAAUUGUACAAAUGGGCCUUAGAAUCAAUAUGUUCGAUCGCGCUGGAUUGUCGACUAGGGUGUUUAAAGUCUAAUCUCGCCGCGGACUCGGAACAACAAAUAAUGAUUAAUUGCGUGCAUAAAAUGUUCGAUCUUAUGUAUCGCUUGGAUAUUUUGCCAUCUCUGUGGCGGCUGUAUAAUACGCGGAAUCUCAAGGAGUUCUUCCGUGUGAUAGAUACGCUUAAUGGAAUUGCCAUUAAACACAUCGAUCAGGCUAAGAUGAAGCUUGACGGAACAACGGAUAAUGACGCAAAUUCGCAUAAUCGAAGUAUAUUGCAAAAACUUUUGCGUCUUGAUAAACAAAUAGCUCACGUCAUGGCACUCGAUAUGUUGACAGCUGGUAUUGAUACGACCGGUAACACAGCCGGCGGACUGCUAUAUUAUAUCGCGAAUAAUCCGGAGAAACAAGAAAAGCUACGAGAAGAAGUAUUGUCUGUAUUACCGGACAAAACGUCACUUAUUACAUACGACAUUCUACAACAGUUAAGAUAUGCCAAGGCCUGCGUCAAAGAAGCCCUUCGACUGUUUCCUGCCGCUAUCGGCAAUCUCAGAACUAUGCCAACGGAUGUUUGCAUUGGAGGAUACAAGAUACCAGCAGGAAUGAAUGUUCUCGCCUGUCAUGCAUUGAUUGCGAUGGAGCCUACGCAGUUUCCGCGACCGCAAGAAUACAUUCCCGAGAGAUGGUUACGAGGCAACACAGAGUUUCCAUCAGCCCAGAAGGCGCAUCCCUUUGCGUAUAUGCCCUUCGGAUUUGGUCCUCGCACAUGCGCCGGCCGACGAUUCGCCGAAAUGGAACUUGAGACAUUGCUCUUGGCAGUCAUACGAAAUUUCCGGAUCGAAUGGCAUCACGAACCGCUGAAGUACGAAAUGCGAUAUAUAAACACGAUCGAGUCGCCGAUGCGAUUCAAGCUCAUCGAUUUUAUGAUGCAUGCUAGAUCUCUCAUUUGCGAGACCAAUCGCUUGUAUUUGUUAUCGAGAUUACCUCACGUAAGAUUGGCGGCGGCUUGUCCUGUCAAACAUAAUGGAACGAAGAAUGCAAAUAACGAACUGCAGCAUGCGCUGCCGACCAAGGAUAUUCCCGGACCGAAAGCGUUGCCCUUGCUUGGCAAUUGGUUCAGAUUCAUACCAUAUAUAGGUGAAUAUGGUAUGUAUGAUGUGGCAACGCAACUGCGGAUUCUGCGUGAUCGUUACGGUGAUAUCGUCAAACUGGACGGCGUAAUGAAUCGUCGAGAUUGCAUUUUAUUAUUCUCAUCGAAACUAUGCGAGAAGAUGUAUCGAGUGGAAGGCAUUUGGCCGAUGCGAAUUGGCAUGGAGUGUCUACAUCACUACCGCAAAAAUAGGGAACACAUUUACGAUAAGCAAUACGGUCUCCCAACAAGUACGGAUAAACACAGGCAUUCUCGAUGUGAUCGAUAUAUCAAAGGUCAAACACGAACGCCGUCAUUGGUACAAAAAUUCGUGAAAAUACGGGAAACACGAGCUGUCGAAACAAAAGAUUCUUGUUUUCGUCCUCGUCCUAAUUCUCUUUCUCCCACUAUUUUUCUAUCUAUUUAUCUUGUUAGUCUUUCCUAUCUGUGUUUUACGAUCGAGUCUACCGAGUAUAUACAAACUGCCACUCAAGGUAAAUUGUGGCAUGACUUUCGUUCAAAAGUUAAUCCGCACAUGAUGCAACCACAAGCGAUCAAAGCGCAUGUUACGCAGAUCAGCGAUAUAAGCAGCGAGUUCGUGAAGAAGAUGCGAGCGUUGCGAGAUCCUGAAACCCUGCAGUUGCCGAUCAAUUUUAGAAACGAAUUGUAUAAAUGGGCUUUAGAAUCAAUAUGUUCGAUCGCGCUGGAUUGCCGACUAGCAUGCUUAAAGUCUAAUCUCACCGCGGAUUCGGAACCGCAAAUAAUGAUUAAUUGCGUGCACGACAUAUUCGAUCUCGCGUAUCGCUUGGAGAUUCUACCGUCUCUAUGGAAGAUUUACAAUACGCGAAAUCUCAAGAAGUUCUUCCGUGUACAAGAUACACUUAAUGGAAUAGCCAGUAAAUACAUCGAGCAGGCUAAAUCGAAGCUCCGCGAAACAACGGACAAUGACGCGAAUCUGGAUAACCAGAGUGUCCUAGAGAAACUUUUACGCCUUGACAAACAAACGGCUCACGUAAUGGCGCUCGAUAUGUUGACGGCUGGUAUUGAUACGACCGGUAGUGCAGCCGGCGCCAUGCUGUAUUACAUCGCGAAUAAUCCAGAGAAACAGGAAAAAUUGCGCGAAGAAGUAAUGUCUCUGUUACCGAACAAAACAUCAUCCAUUACGUAUAAAAUACUAAAUCAGACAAGCUAUACUAAGGCCUGCAUCAAGGAAUCUCUUCGACUGUUCCCGAUUUUUAUCGGCAAUCUCAGAACCAUGCAAACAGAUGUUUGUAUAGGAGGAUACAAAAUACCAGCAGGAUUUGAUGUCAUCGCCUGUCAUUCACUAAUCACGACCGAGUCUACGCAGUUUCCGCGACCGCACGAAUAUAUUCCCGAGAGAUGGUUGCGGGGCAACACGGAGUUUCCAUCAGCCAAGCAGGCGCAUCCCUUUGCAUAUAUGCCUUUCGGAUUUGGUCCUCGCAGCUGCGUCGGCCGACGAUUCGCCGAAAUGGAACUUCAGACAUUGCUCUUGACAGUUAUACGAAAUUUCUUAAUCGAAUGGCAUCACGAACCACUUAAAUACGAGAGUCUACUUGUAAACAGGCUUGCGUCGCCGAUGCAAUUCAAACUCAUCGAUUUGUAAAAGUCUCCCGGCGAUCGAUCCGCGCUCCGAGUUUCACGAAACGCCAUCAGAAUAUCCAUCGUCGUCUCGUGCAACAUUUUUUUUUUAAAUAAUUACUGACGUUAGCACCGAAAAUGUCGUUACAGUCACUGCACUUUGCGAGCGUCUGUUUCGAAAAAGGCAAGCGAGAUGAAGAGGACGACAUCAUCAAAACCUAGUACAGUUCUUACAAUUUUAAUCUACCAACCAAGAGCAUAAAAUACAACAUUUUACGGCAAUUUUAGCGUGGAAGCUACAAAUUUUUAGCAAGCAUGUGGAAGAGCGGGUAUGUAUACUCGCGUCUCUCGACGGCGUACAAAUUAACAUUGAUAAGAUUGCUUAUUUCAUUAAAUGUUCAUGUGCAACAAAACGUUGACGUAAUAUCUCUUGUAAAUUAAAUAAAGUCAUUGUUAUAUAGAGGGAAAGUGAAUAAUUUGCGUAAAACCUAAAAUAGUCACAAGAGCCACAAAUUGCCGUUACGUAUUUACCGUGUACACGCGGUUCGAUCGAUCUAACGUCGUUACGACGUUAAUUUCGUCAUAUGCCAUUUAGUUUAAUUAUACCGCACGACACAGAAUAACAGCAUU